AUGGCAGCAACCAACCACACGGCCGUGGUGGAGUUUGUCCUGCAGGGACUCUCAGAUAACCCCCAGCUGCAGGGUGUCUUCAGUGCUCUCUUCCUCCUCCUUUACCUGACUGCUCUUAUAGGGAACGGCCUCAUCCUCAUGGCCAUCUGCCUGAACGCGGGGCUCCACACCCCAAUGUACUUCUUUCUCACCAACCUGGCCAUCUUAGACAUUGUCUGCACAUCCACUAUUCUUCCCAAGUUGCUGGAGAUCCUGAUGGAUCAGGGCAGCACCAUCUCCUAUGGAGGCUGCAUGACCCAGCUUUUCUUCCUGACAUGGAUCCUGGGGGCUGAGCUGCUGCUGCUCACUGUCAUGGCGUAUGACCGCUACGUGGCCAUCUGUCAGCCCCUGCACUAUCACACACUGAUGAGCAGGCCCCUCUGUGCCCUGCUGGCAGGCAGCGUGUGGGCAGUCAGCGGGGUUGACUCCUCUGUGCACACUGGCCUGAUGGCACAGCUAAUGUUUUGCAGCCACAAGCAUAUCCGUCACUUCCUGUGUGAAAUACCCACCCUGCUUCCUCUUGCCUGUGGUCCAACAAAUCUGAACAACAUUAUGAUCACCAUUGCAUCUGUUUACAUUGGUGUGGUCGACUUCCUGCUCACCAUGCUGUCCUACGCCUUCAUCAUCGCCAGCAUCCUGCGCAUCCGCUCAGCUGAGGGCAAGCGCAGGGCCUUCUCCACCUGCUCCUCCCAUCUCCUGGUGGUCUGCCUGUACUACUCCACUGUCAUCUACACCUACUUACUCUCAGGGUCUGAGUCCUCCAUGGAAAAUGGCAAAGUUGUCGCCAUAAUGUACACAGCAGUCAGCCCCACCCUGAACCCACUCAUCUACACUCUGCGCAACAAGGAUGUAAAAGAGGCCCUCAGGAGGAUGUUUGAGAUUCUGGUGGCAGAGAAAAGAACCAUCUCCUAUGGGGGCUGCAUUAUCCAUAUGUACUUCCUGACGUGGUCUGUUGCAGCGGAGGUGCUUCUCUUCAUUGCCAUUGCCUGUGAUCACUACGUGGCCAUCUGCCAGCCCCUGCAUUAUGGCUCCAUGAUGGGCCCCCAGGUGACCUUCUGA